AUGUCUGCUCCUUUCAAAAAUUUAUCAUCUAAUUUUACCAUUUCUGAAGAUAAAAAAUAUGCAACAUUAUCAACACCACUCGAAAAAUCUGAGAAUGAUGAUCGGGAAUAUCGGUUAAUUGUAUUGCCUAACGAUUUAGAAGCUUUGCUAAUUUCUGACAGUGAAACUGAUAAAAGUAGUGCCGCAUUAGGUGUUCAUGUUGGCCAGAUUAAUGAUCCGUCGAAUCUUCAAGGUCUUGCCCAUUUUUGUGAACAUUUGUUGUUUAUGGGAACUAAAAAUUAUCCCAAAGAAAAUGAAUAUAGCGAGUAUCUAACAAAACAUAAUGGAUCAAGCAAUGCGUAUACUAGCAUUGAUAAUACGAACUAUUAUUUUGAUGUUGGACAUGAACAUUUGGAAGGGGCUUUAGAUAUGUUUGCGGAAUUUUUUAUUUGUCCUCUAUUCAAUGAUGAUUGUACAGAUAGAGAAUUAAACGCCGUUGAUUCUGAAUAUAAACUUAAUCUUCAAGAAGACGGUUGGAGACAAUUUCAACUUGAAAAAUCUUUAUCGAAUCCAAAUAAUCCAUAUUCACAAUUCGGGAUAGGAAAUCUUGAAAGUCUAAAAGAUGUUCCUUCGAAGGCUGGAUUGAAUGUUAGAACAGAAUUAUUAAAAUUCCAUGAUAGCUAUUACUCCGCUAAUUUGAUGAAAUUAGUUGUUUUAGGAAGAGAACCCUUGGAUAAAUUGAAUCAAUGGGUUGUAGAAAAAUUCUCGAAAGUUAAAAAUAAGUCUGUUCCUAUACCAGUUCCUAAAGACCAUUAUCCUAUCACUGAGAAAGAAUUAAGGAGUCAAAUUUCAAUGAAACCUGUUAAAGAUAAUCAUUGUUUGGAGCUAACUUUUCCAUUUCCUGACCAAGAACCUCUUUAUAAUUCACAACCUGGAAGAUAUAUUGCCCAUUUGAUUGGACAUGAAGGUGUCGGGUCAAUAUUAUCAUUGUUAAAAAAAAAGGGGUGGGCAAAUAAGUUGAAUGCUUAUAACAGUCAUCAAUAUGUUGGUUUUGAAGUAUUUAAAAUAUCGAUUGAACUUACAGAAGAAGGGCUAGCUCAUUAUGAAGAAACUGUGGAAAUUUGUUUUCAGUAUAUUGAAAUGUUAAAGCAAGUUGGUGUGCAAGAGCAAGUUUUCCGCGAGGUUCAAUCAAUUGCAUCGAUAGAUUUCAAAUUUCAAGAAAAAUAUUCACCAUCCUACUAUACUUCAAGACUUGCUGUAUACAUGCAACGUCCAUAUCCACGCGAACUUAUUUUGUGUGGUUCUCAUUUACUUCGUGAAUAUAAUCCAGAACUCAUCCUUGAAGGAUUAAAUUGUUUGUGCUGGGAUAAAUGUAUUAUUACUUUAUCUAGUAAACUGUUAAAAGAACUUGACAAAAAGGAAAAAUGGUUUGGUACCGAAUAUAAACUUGAAAAAAUUAGCGAUAAACUUUUAAAGGCGAUUCAAAAUCCAAAACUUCACCCGGACCUUAAGAUCCAUCCGCCGAAUAUUUUUAUUCCUUCAAAUUUUGAAGUCAAUAAGCUUUUAAAUGUCAAACCAUGUACGCGUCCCGCUCUUAUAAAAGAUACACCGUUGAGUCGUCUUUGGUACAAAAAGGACGAUACAUUUUGGGUACCUAAAAUUGUGGCACAUUUCAUAAUAAGAACUCCAACAGCACAUUCUACGCCUCUGAAUUCUGUAAAAACUCGAUUAUACAUUAACCUUGUAACUGACGCAUUUACAGAAUAUGCUUAUGAUGCCGAGAUAACAGGUCUUGCCUAUUAUCUUUACAAUCAUCAUGAAGGAGUAAUUGUGACAAUUCAAGGUUACACCGAUAAAUCGCCCUUACUUCUCCGUAAGGUUGUUGAAAAAAUGAAAUCAUUCCAAAUUGAUCCAAAUCGAUUUCAAAAAAUAAAAGAAGAAUUAAAAAGAUCAUAUGACAAUCGUUUAUUGGAUUCUCCGAUCUAUCAAGCCGAGUAUUACAGAAGUUAUGCAACCACUCAAAAAUCAUGGACACACAAAGAAAAAUGUAAAUUAUUAAAUAACAUCCAAUAUGAGGAUGUACAACAAUUUUAUCCAACAUUAUUUGAUCAAGUACAGUUUGAAGGGUCUAUCCAGGGAAAUAUGAGUCGUAAAGAUGCGUUAGAUAUGAUUAAAAUCUUAGAAGAUACAUUGAAGCCGUCCGAGGAAAUUUUAAAAUCACAAUUGACUGGAAAUAGAAGUGUGUGUAUACCUGAUGGAAAAAAAUUCUUUUAUGCGAUGGAAGUUUUGGAUGAAAAAGAAAUUAACAGCGCUAUAGAGUAUUAUAUACAAGUUGGUGAUGUAAUGGACAGAGAAUUGAGAGCUAAGUUGGCAUUAGUAGGACAAAUUUCAGAAGAGCCUGCUUUUGACCAACUAAGAACUAAGGAACAGUUAGGAUAUUAUGUUUGGAGUACGGUAGAGGAAGGAACAGGUUCAAUAGCACUCAAGAUUGGUAUUCAGAGUGAAAAAGAUCCCAUUUAUUUGGAAAAUAGGAUCGAAGAAUUUUUAAUUAAAUUACAAACAAUAAUUGAAAAUAUGCCAGAAGAAGAAUAUAAAAAGGAAAUAGCUUCGUUGAUUAGUAAAAAGUUAGAAAAAUCCAAAAAUUUAGGAGAAGAAUCUUAUAAACAUUGGUGCCAUAUUUACUCCGGUUAUUAUGAGUUUGAUAAAGUUGAAAUUGAUGUAUCGAAUCUACGUAAAAUUACAAAAGCUGACCUUCUAGAAUUCUAUAAAACCUAUAUUCAUCCCCGCUCACCUGUUCAGAAAAAACUUUCAAUACAUUUGAAAUCCAAAAAUCUCGCAUUAUUAAAGCGGUUUAAUUUAAUUGAUAUUAAAAUUUUGCAUGCGCUUGUAACUUCUCAAGGAUUCGCAAGUAUUACAGAAGAUGAAUUAAAGGGUGCCAUUGACAUAUUGAAGGUUCAAAGCGCUGGGAAAGAUGCUCAGGGAAUUGAAAUUGAGAUUAAAAAGUUAUUUUUGAAAAAAGUCAGUGAGAUGAAAAGUGAUCAAGAAGUAAGUGAAGAGAUGGAGACAAUGUUAGAUAAACUAUGUAAAGAUGUUGUAAAUUUGAUUUUUGAAGAAGGAAAGACAGAUAAGGAUGAAAAGAAGGAUGAACAUGAGUUAUCACCUGAUAACGAGAUGAUUGAUGAUCUAUUUUUAUUUAAAAGCAGAAUGAAACUAAGCCCUGAUGCUAAUCCUGUUUUACCAUGGAGUAGUUACUAUGAGAAUUGA